GUAAAUCGUUCGAUGAACGGGAAUAAAAUUUUACAGGUCGAUUCUUCUAAGAUUAAUAUCAUAUCCAAUCAAAAUUCUAUGAGUAGGGAGAUCAAGCUACCCUUGAAACUUUCUGAAGAAGGGACUUUACAAUAUCCAGCGUUGUGUAAGCCAGAUACAUCUCAGUUGGAGCUGAUUAGGAAGCAAUAUCAACCCCAAAUAAAUUAUACCGACCUAACUCACUUACCUUCUCCUGAUUAUAACAAAGAAGUAGAUUCUUUAUUGGCAAGUAUUGAUAAGUACAGCUCCAUUCCUUCUAUUCGAUGGGAUUCCUUGGGUCUAGAAGAGCUAUAUAUAUCAAUUUCUAAGGACAAAGUCACCAAAGCUCAAGCACAUUCAUCUGUCUCAAGCUCAGAUUCUUUAAAAUCCUCUACCAUCACAAACUCAUUUUUGCAGGCCCAUAACCUUUUUAGCACCUCAUUCGAUAUUUCAAAACAGUAAGUCCUCGUUCUUUAAACUUUCCAAAACUCCUCUUUGGUACUAAUUUUUCACCUAAUUCUGUUUUUGAUUAUUGCUUAAAUUUCUUCACCUAUUUCUUGCCUCUAGCAUAUUUUUCAGCCCUAAGGACUCCAAAAUAACAUACUCGAGAUCCAGGGGGCAGGCAACCAAGAUUACUUUUAUGGUGCUAUUUAAUAUCACCUAUAAUACUACCCAAUCUCAGAAAUCUCCUAAAACCUGUUACUAUUAAUACUUUUAGUACUGCCAACCUGCACUGUUCCAAGAACAAAAUUACUUAUUUGUGACAGUAUGGAGACUGAACGAGGAAAUUUCAUAAGACUCGAAAUUUUGUGGACCAUGUCAGAAUGCAUAUGAAAAUUAAGCCUUAUCAGUGUACCCAUUGUGGCAAGAAAUUCACUCAGAAGGGGAAUUUGAGAAGACACUGUAAAAGACAUUUAAGUUAAAGUUUUAUAAAAUUUCGA